AUGAAUGAAAAUGGACAUCAUGCAGACAAUUCAAACGAUGAAUCAGGAAGCUUUACAAGAACAGGAAUGAAUUACAACGAGUUUCGAAGUGCAGCUCAAGAAAUAGUUGAUUAUAUAAUAAAUUAUCACCAAAAUCUAGAGGGAAAGCAAGCUUUUCCUUCAGUGAAGCCAGGUUUCCUAAGAAAGCUUCUGCCCUGGAAUCCGCCAGAGCAUGGUGGCCAAUGGGAAGAUUUACUUGAAGAUUUCGAUAAAAUCAUUAUGAAGGGAAUGACACAUUGGCAUUCGUCCAAGUUCGCAUAUUUACCAACAGGAAAUAGCUAUCCAUCACUUCUAGCCACUAUGUUGGUUGAUGGAUGUGGAAGUCUAGCUUUCAGCUGGGCUACGAGUCCUUCUUGCACAGAACUAGAAACCAUGAUGUUGGACUGGCUGGCGAAAGCUAUAAACCUUCCUGCAUGUUUUAUUCAUGAUGGCGUUGGUCCUGGUGCGGAAAAACUUCUAUUAAGUCACGCUUGUCGCGUAUACCUAUCAUAUUCUAUAUGUUCAGGGUCAUGUAGCGAAGGUACAUUGAUGACGUUGUUGUCUGCAAGGAAUAAUGCGUUGAAGAAACUUAGCUUAAUAUAUCCUGAUGUCUCUCAGUAUGAACUUGCAUCACGAUUAGUUGCAUAUACUUCGGAAUACAGUCAUUCUUCGGUUGAGAGAGCAAGUUUAUUAGGAUUCACAAAACUUCAUAAAGUACCAGUGGAUGAAAUUGUUUCAAUGCGUGGGGAUGCUUUACAACGAGCAAUAAAAGAAGACAAGAAGGCUGGGAAAUUUCCUUUCUAUGUGUGUGCAACGCUGGGAACGACGUCAUGUGUUUCAUUCGACAACCUUGACGAAAUUGGACAAGUUUGUCAAGCAGAAGAUGUAUUUUGGUUGCAUGUUGAUGCCUCUUAUGCCGGAGGCAGCUUCAUUUGUCCGGAAUUUCGUCACCAUAUGAAAGGAAUAGAGUAUGCAGAUUCCAUCACAUGUAAUCCCCAAAAGUGCUUGAUGAUUAACCCUCAGUUUUCGGUUCUUUGGGUGAAAGAUAGAAAAACGUAUUCAGAACCUUUCAAAGUUGACCCGAGUUACGUUCGACACGAGGAAGAGGACGUCGUAAUUGAUUACCGGCACAUGGGUGUUGGUUUCGGGCGGCGAUUUCGUUCGCUCAAACCGUGGUUUGUUUUUCGUCUAAUUGGAAUCGAAGGUCUUCGCCACAGAGUAAGAGAAGACGUGAAAAUGGCCAAACUAUUUGAAUCUCUUGUCAAUACUGACGAUCGGUUUGAAGUUGUUUUUCCGGUGGAAUUGGGAGUUGUGUGUUUCCGACUGAUAAUUUACAAAAACGACACAGAGAAAAGUAACACAAUCAACAGACAGCUACUCAAGCAAAUCAAGGAUUCAAAAGAUGUCUUCUUGAUAUCAUCAGAAGUUGAAGAAACUUUCUUUCUUCGAUUAUGCACCGGUUUUAAUGCGUGUAACGAAAACGCAAUCCAUAACUGCUGGAACGUCAUUUUAAAACACACUAAUUUAAUAUUGUAGGAUUUGUUAAAUGUACUAAAUAUUACAGAUUGCUAGAUUAGAGAUAGAGAAAUUGCUAUAUUCAAGUACAAGAAAAACAAAGUGAAUGAAUAUUUGAAUUAUACCUUGGAUCGUUAAAAAGGGAUAAUCAACAUAAUCAGAAGUGGAAAUGGAAUUUAAUACAAAGUAUAUUAGCAGUUAUUGCUGCGUGAUUAAAUUUGUUUUCAAUCAUAAAUAGCCCGACUGAGUUGAGAUAAAGAUAGAAACAAAUUCAUUUUUCAGUAAUUAACGAACUAUAUAUGACGUUGCUGAAUACGUUUUUCUAUUUUUCACCCUAGUGGUAUAAAAGUAACUUUAUUAAGUAAUUAGUAAUAUUUUUCGAACUGCAUCAACCAUUCACGAUCUUAUUCUUGCAUAUCGACUUAAAAUUUGGAUUUUUCCUUGUAGUUGUGCUAGAUUAUAGUUAGAUGAAUUUUACUGCGCUCUUGUCAUUUCAGUCCAAGAUAAUAUUUAAUUCUUUCUCAAUUGUAUUUCAAAUAAGAGAUACUUGUUGAUAUUUUCAAAGUUUGCAAAGUCAUUAUUUUUAACAGCAUUUUCAUUUUAUUUUAUAAAUGGCUUUCAAAAUUAAAUAAUUGCAUUUUUUAAUUAAAAUCUGCCAAACGUUACUUUUUGAAAGCGUGGUUGUUGUUUAGCAACGACGAAUUCGAGAAACCCAUUGGGUAUAUGCAGAAAGAAUGACAUAUACGAAACCGCACUUUAUUGCCGUAUAAAAUUGGCAAAUUGCAACCCUGUACCCAAAAAAGUCUAAACCUAGACUCUAAGAAACUAUUACCGGCAAUCGCCCAA